AUAAAAUUUGAAAAAAAAAAAAAAUCCAGCAAAAUUUCAAAAAAGACCCUGCAUAUUGUCGUCUUUUUCUCGCUCACUCCCCAACUCUCACUUCGAGUUUCUCACUCCUUGUUCGCCCAACACCUUUCCGACCGUUAGAAACCCUCGACCCUUCCUCCUCCUCCUCCUCCUCCUCGUCCUCCUCUCUACCCCCUCGAAACCCUAACCCUAACGCUUGCUAAUGGUGGUCCCUCCACUAGUCUUCUUCUUCUUCUUCUUCCUCCUCCUCUCGUUACCUCUCCUGUCCCUCUCCAAAUCCACCAUCGAGCCCUGCUCCGGCUCCGACACGUGCCCCGCGCUCGUGGGCUACACACUCUACGCCGACCUCAAGGUCUCCGAGGUGGCCGCCCUCUUCGGCGCCGACCCCUUCGCCCUCCUCGCCGCCAACGCCGUGGACGCCUCCUCCUCCCCCGACCCCAUCCUCCCCGCGGGGCUCUUCCUCCGCGUCCCCGUCCCCUGCGCCUGCUUCAACUCCACCGAUAACCUCCUCCCCGCGAUCUACCUCUCCUACGUCGUCCGCGACGGGGACUCGGUCCCCGCCAUCGCCGCGCGCUUCGCCACCACGGUCACGGACGUCAUGAACGUGAACGGGAUGGGGAGCCCCGUGAUCAGGCCCGGGGAUAUACUCGCCAUACCAUUGCCAGGGUGUGCAUCAAUGUUCCCAAACUAUGCUUCGGAUUAUGGACUGGUGGUGGCAAAUGGGACUUAUACAGUAACUGCUGGUCACUGUGUCCAGUGCAGCUGCAGCGCAGGAGAUCCUAAUUUAUACUGCACACCAGCUUCUUUAACAGCAUCGUGCUCGAGCAUGCAGUGCAAUAACAGCAAUCUCAUGCUCGGAAAUUUCACCUCCCAACCCACUAGCGCCGGUUGCAAUGUCACUUCAUGUAACUACAAUGGUUUCGUGAAUGGAACUAUUAUCACUAAGUUAACCACGUCUCUUCAACCACAAUGCCCCGGCCCUCGUCGGCUCCCUCCGCUCAUUCCACCGCCAGCUACAGUGACCCAUCAAACAUUUCUUGCGCCAUCACCAUCGCCAAUGGCCGCACAAGCAGGAGGUCCCAUUAAUACGCCGAAGUCGUCAGUUCCGGGAUCUUUCUCACUUCCUGCAAAUGGUCCUGCCGGAAGUGCUUCUGCAGCUCCUCGAUUUCUUCCGUACCCUCAUUUUCUAGUUGCUUUUGUUAUCUUUUCUUUCGUCUUCAACCUCUCAGUGUAAAUCGUCGGGCAAAAUUUUUUAGCAAACUUGUAUUCGAAUGUCUAUGGCAAGCCUUUUUGAUCCGACCGUUUGCUUGCUGCGAGCCUUAAAUCAAUUUUAACUGCAGGUGGCAUUUGUUACAUUUUUCUCGUAUGUAUGUCAAACUUGUGUAUUUUCGCA